AUGCUUAAAUUACGCCAGUUACAGAAGAAAAAACAAGAAGAACUUGCAAAUGCAAGUUCUUUACAAACAACUAACCUACUACCUGCAUCUAGAAUUAGAUUACAGCGUGAUCUCGAAACAUUAGAUUUACCUCCAUUUGUGGAUCUUCAAAUAAUAAACCAGAUAGACCAAAUGAAUGAACUUCCUUUAAUACAACUCAAAAUAUCACCCGACGAAAACAUGUAUAAGGAUGGUCAUUUUUUAUUUAACAUUGAAUUUGGAGAUAAUUAUCCAAUAGAGGCCCCUAAAGUGAAAUGUCUCAACAGGAUAUACCACCCAAAUAUAAAUUUAAACGGAAAUGUCUGCCUCAAUAUAUUACGAGAAGAUUGGUCACCAGCUUUAGAUCUUCAAAGCAUUGUAAUAGGGUUAUUGUUUUUAUUUCUAGAGCCAAAUCCUAAGGACCCAUUAAACAAAGCAGCUGCUCAACAACUAAUUGUUAACAAAGGGCUUUUCAUUCAAAAGGUAAGAUCCGCGAUGGAAGGUGGCUUUGUAGAUAAUGAGAUGUUUGACUACGUUUUAUGA